GUGCCUGAAAGGGCGACAGAGAGAGAGAAAAAAACUCAGCUGUGAUAAGUACAAGUUUAGCGUAAGGGAAGUGUGUCGAUGUCAAAAGAGGGGAAGAAACUGAGUGACCAAGACAAACUGCAACUUCUUAUUUCAUCAUGGAAGGCUUUGAUGUUUCUUUGAUGUUGACCAGCCGACCAGAAAUCUUUGAUUUUGAAGGCAUCUCUAUGGUGCAUUAUUUUACUGAUGACUGGGAAAAUGUUCAGAACUUCCAGGCAAGACCAGACGACAUUCUCAUUGCUACUUACCCCAAAGCAGGCACCACCUGGGUUUCCUACAUCUUAGACCAACUUUAUUUUGGCAAUACAGCACCAGAGCGCCAGACCUCAGUACCCAUCUACUUGCGAGUGCCUUUCCUUGAGGCAGUUAUUCCUAAGAUACCUACAGGGGUUGAACUAGUAAGUAAUUUAUCCACCACACCAAGACUCAUCAAAACGCAUCUACCUGUUCAGCUGGUGCCCAAGUCCUUCUGGGAACAGAACUGCAAGGUUGUCUAUGUAGCUCGAAAUGCCAAAGACAAUGCUGUGUCUUAUUUCCACUUUGAGCGUAUGAAUUUCAUACAACCUGAUCCAGGAGACUGGAACAAUUUUCUACAGCAGUUCAUGGACGGAAAGAAGGUGUUUGGACCUUGGCAUGAUCAUGUGUCUGGCUACUGGGAGAAGAAGCAGACGUACUCUAAUCUUCACUACAUGUUCUUUGAGGAUAUGGUGGAGAACACUGCUCGUGAGGUGGAGCAUCUUUGCUCUUUCCUUGGUUUAUCUACACCAACGGAAGAGAGAGAGAAGAUUACAAAAAAUUCCCAUUUUGAUGCCAUGAAGCAAAAUAAGAUGACCAACUACUCCACAAUCCCAGUCAUGAAUUUUUCGAUCUCACCAUUUAUGCGCAAAGGUAAAGUCGGUGACUGGAAGAAUCACUUCACCGUGGCUCAGAAUGAGCAGUUUGAUAAACACUACAAAGCGAAGAUGAAGGACCCAACUUUAAAAUUUCGAACACAGAUUUAGGACAUCAUAAGACCUUACAAUUCUUAUUUACGUCCACAAAUUUUAUUCAGUGAUCAUUUUGCUUACAUUUAAGUUGUAAACAGCACAAACUGUAAGGAAUAAUAAGUACAAUUUAAAUAUGUUAUCAUUUAUAUAGCAACAACUUACACAGGCUCUUGUAUAGCAGAAAAUCCACAUUAAGGGAUUACAAAACAUGUCUAAUUGUGUAAAUUUGGAAAUUUUUAUGUGAGGAGAUGUUUACCACAUUUAACACUUUCGGAAGGAGUCUCCAGUGUUAAUGCUUGUAACAAUCAGAGGUCAAGCUCUUUAAGUUUUAUGACAUUAAUACCGCUAUUGGCGUUGGCAAAACACUGAUAUUAGAGGAAUUAGACACUUUGGGAAAAUAAUUCAUUUCGGGCUUCAUAUUUGGCUGCAUUACAACACCCCAUCAUUGAUUAUUUUUUCAAUAACAUGCCCCCUUGUGUUUUGUUCUUUACUUAAGUUACCACAAAACAACACUGUUUUCUAGAACGUCUUAGUUUUGAAAUGCCUACAGAGCAUUUCUCUAGCUCUUUGUCUGUAAUAAACAUUAUCAUAUAAAAUGGCAGUUGCAGUUAUAUAACAGCAUCUGUCUAGAUACAUUCCAGCUGUAUAUAACUACGGAUCUGUGAAUCUAUUGCUGCAAAUUACACACCACAUGGAUUUAUUUCAUCAACUGGCAAGUCUUUAAAUGUAAAUGUAAAAUACUAAAUUUAUACUCUACUCUCACCUUGACAUUGAGUAUGACAUGCUCCAAACUGUAUCUUCUCUCUUCUUCUUCUCUAAGCAAAGUUUAUAUAAUAAAGUAACCAAGCAGGUUA